UCUCAGACUGACUGAAGUCAAGAAGAUGAGUGUUCGUGUGAAGCGAGAGGACAGAGCAGAGUGUCCAGGAUCCAGCUGUCUGUCUAUGAAGAGUGACUGGUCCAAACAGUUUAAUCCUCCAUUCUUCAGUAUUGAACCUGGACCCUCAGACACAAAAGGUCAGGACCACAGACUAAGAGCAGAGUCUCCAGGAUCCAGCUGUCCUAUGAAGGGGGACUGGUCCACAGACUUAAAUCCUCUAGACAUCAGUAAUGAACCUGGACCCUCAGACACAAAAUUUUCAGCAGAUAGUGGUCUGCAGGAGGUUUUAGAUGAACAUAAGAUCAGAGGAGCAGGAAGUGAAACCCUCCUCAACAGGAUCUACACUGAGCUCUACAUCACAGAGGGACAGAGUGAAGAGGUUAAUACCCAACAUGAGGUGAGGCAGCUGGAGACAGCUUCCAAGAUGAAAACCUUCCAUGACGCUCCAGUCAAGUGCCACGACAUCUUUAAAGCCUUACCUGACCAACAGAGACGCAUCAGAGUCGUUCUGACGAAUGGCGUCGCUGGUGUUGGAAAAACCUUCUCAGUGCAGAAGUUCACUCUGGACUGGGCAGAGGGCUCUGAAAACCAAGACGUCAGUCUGCUGGUUCUGCUUUCGUUCAGGGAGCUGAACCUGAUCAAAGAUGAGCAGUACAGUCUUCUCAUGCUGCUCCAUGUUUUCCAUCCAACAUUAAAGAAGCUCACAGCAGAGAAGCUCGCUGACUGUAAAGUGUUGUUCAUCUUUGACGGCCUGGAUGAAAGCAGACUUUCACUGGAUUUCAGCAACAGGGAGGUCGUGUCUGAUGUCUCACAGAAGUCAUCUGUCAACGUGCUGCUGACAAACCUCAUCCAGGGGAAUCUGCUUCCCUCUGCUCUGGUCUGGAUAACUUCCCGACCUGCGGCAGCCAAUCAGAUCCCUCCUGCAUGUGUUGACAGGAUAACAGAAGUACGAGGCUUCACUGAUGCCCAGAAGGAGGAGUACUUCAGGAGGAGAUUCAGUGAUGAAGAGCUGUCCAGAAGAAUCAUCUCACACAUCAAGACGUCCAGGAGCCUCCACAUCAUGUGUCAGAUCCCAGUCUUCUGCUGGAUCUCUGCUACAGUUCUGGAGCACAUGUUGACCACAGAGCAGAAAGGAGAGCUGCCCAAGACCCUGACUGACCUGUACUCACACUUCCUGCUGGUUCAGACAAAGAGGAAGAAGCAC